UCGGGAUUCCAUGGACUCGGUUGUUACCAUGAAAAUGAGCCUCCUAAUAUUGCAUCUAUGAGCAAUAAAGCAAGAGGUUAUCUAGUGCCAAUGCAUAAGCCAGUUUCCUCAAUAUUAGAAAAAGAAGUGGAGAUGGUGAAUCAAGCAUGCUAGACCCAGUCAGUGAGGAUGAUGCACUCACAUUGAGGUUGUCAUCAUCAACUAAGGCAUCUGAAACUAGAAAUGCUAUUAGCUCUUUUUCUAAUGAUGAAUCAGCAAACAUUACCUGUGCCUCUUCUCUUUCUGUAAAAGCUGCAACUGUUGCAUCUGAGUGGUUGGAACUUCUUUACCAAGAUAUUAAAGGACGUCUUUCAGCACUGCGACGUAGCAAGAAGAGAGUGGAAGCUGUAAUUACAACAGAGCUACCUUUCUUAAUAUCAAAAGAAUUCUCCUCUAGCCAAGGGAGCGAUCCCAAUAUCAAAAGAAAUUCUGCUGAUGGAUUUUCACAUGCUGCUGCUGCUGCUGCUGCUGAGAUGCAUCAAGUAAGAUGGAUUUCACUGUUUGAUCGGAUGGGAAAAGCUCUUUCUGAAGAAGAGAAACAACUAGAAAGCUGGUCUAACCAAAUAAAAGGGAUGCAACUGCAUUGUGAUCAGGGUUUGCACCAAAUGAAAUGGAAUGUGCUAUAUGGUUUCCCACAACUAGGAGCAUCAGCAAAUAAUCUCAGAUCGGGGGUCAGUGAUAGUUUUGAUAGGGAAUUGGCCAUCGGUGCUGCUGCUGCUUCCAUUUAUUCGACAUGCCGUUUCAUGUUGUCAAAGGAGGAUGUACUCCUAGCUUAGAUUGAAUUGUCUUAAGCUGUCCUAGAAACAUCAAUAUGCAUCAACUGCAAACUAAUAGGUUUUGUUAGUUAGAUAAAGCCUGACUGGGUUGUGAACUUCUGAUACC